AUGUCCUCCGCCGUCACGGAGACGGAGGAGUCGCGCAGCUCCCCGCUGACCCCGCUGAAACUGGUCGGACUGGUCUGCGUCUUCCUCGCGCUCUGCCUGGACGUGGGAGCCGUGAUGAGUCCCGCGUGGGUCACGGCCGACGACCAGUACUACCUGUCCCUGUGGGAGUCCUGCUGGAAGCCGGCGAGCUUCGAGAAGUGGCAGUGCAGCAGCACGCUGGGCGCAGACUGGCAGGUUGCCACCCUAGCCUUGUUGCUAGGGGGCGGAGCCUUGGUGCUGAUGUCGUUUCUGGUUGCUUUGGUUGCCGUGUGCAUCGGCACAAGACGGCGGUUCUACGCUCCUGUUGCCUUCAUGCUGUUUGCUGCAGUUGUCCUCCAGGCCUGCUGCUUGGUCUUGUACCCCAUCAAGUUCAUCGAAAGCAUCAACCUGAGGAUCUACCAUGAGUUCAACUGGGGCUACGGCCUCGCCUGGGGAGGGACCAUCUUUUCCUUUGGUGGGGCAAUCCUCUAUUGUCUCAACCCCAAAAGCUACGAGGAGUACUACUAACUGGGGACUUUAGAGU